AUGCCGCCCAAGGGUGACAACAAGAAGAAAGAUGACGGAAAGUCGGCCCAAAAGGACACAGGCCCAGUAAAUAAGUCUGGUGGCAAGGCCAAAGGGAAGAAGUGGUCCAAAGGCAAAGUUCAGGGCAGGCUCAACAAUCUAGUCCUGUUUGACAAGGCUCCAUAUGACAAACUCUGUAAGGAAGUUCCUAACUGUAAGCUUAUUACUCCAGCUGUGGUCCCUGAGAGACUCAAGGUUCAGGGUUCCUUGGCCAGGGCAGCCCUUCAGGAGCUGCUUAGUAAAGGGCUCAUCAAGCUGGUUUCAGAGCUCAGAGCCCAAGUAAUUUCCACGAGAAACACAAAGGGUGAGGACGCCCCAGUUGCUGGUGAAGAUACAUAA